UUUUAUUUAUUUUCAGAUGUCAUAAAUAGGGCUGUAAAUGAACUGAAAGAUCAACGAACCGUCUCGUUUAAGUUCUUCCGUUUAUUAAAUGAACGAACGAACAUGUACAAGGAAUUUCGUUUGAUUAAUUAAAUUAACUAACACGAACAAAGGUAGCGUUCGUUCAAUUGCAUUCGUGAACUUUUACGUCUGUUCGCGCUCUUUUGUUUAUCUUAUUUUUAGUCAUUAGAAACUUAUAUAUUUGAAACAUUAUUUUUGGAUAAUUAUGUAUAUGCUUAUUAUGUCUAAUACCUUGUGCCUUUAUUUUGGGAUAAUUAUGUUUAUAAUUAGUGUUUAACAAGGUGAUUACAUCUAAUGUUUGGGAUUAUGAAUGUUGUUUUUUUCUUCUUUUUUCUAAAUGGUAUAUGUUCGUUUGCGUUCAUGAACUGUUUGUGAGCAAGUUCAAUUUCUUAAUGAACGAACACAAACAAGAACUUUCGUUCGAUGUGUGUGCGUGAACCGUGCGUGAACAAGUUUAAUGCUAAACGAACGAACAUGAACAAGGCUCUGUUUCGUUCUGUUCGGUUCGGUUCGUUUACCACCUUAGUCACAAAUUCUCAUCAUCAGGGGCGGAUGUACCAUAUAAGAAGGGGUAGCCUCCGCUACCCCUUGGCGAUCCAUCGAGCUGUAAGAGUGUGGUAUAAGUAGAACAUUAAUCAAAAUGAAGGAUAGAAAGAUAAUAAUCUUAGAACAAGGAUGGGACUUCAUGCAGAAAGGGAUAACAAAGUUGAAGAAGAUUCUAGAAGGUUAUCCUGAGCCACAGUUCAACUCAGAGGAAUACAUGAUGCUCUAUACAACUAUCUACAACAUGUGCACGCAGAAACCGCCGCAUGAUUACUCUCAGCAGUUGUAUGACAAGUAUCGUGAGUCGUUUGAAGAGUACAUUACUUCAACGGUGUUACCUUCUUUAAGAGAGAAACAUGAUGAGUUCAUGCUCAGGGAGCUUGUGAGAAGGUGGUCGAAUCAUAAAGUCAUGGUUCGCUGGCUUUCACGAUUCUUCCACUAUCUUGAUCGCUACUUUAUCGCCCGUAGAUCUCUUCCGCCACUAAAUGAAGUUGGACUCGCUUGUUUCCGUGAUCUGGUGUACACAGAGGUGAAUGGGAAAGUGAGAGACGCUGUAAUAUCUCUAAUUGAUCAAGAGCGUGAAGGCGAACAGAUUGAUCGAGCGUUACUGAAGAAUGUUCUAGAUAUAUUUGUUGAGAUAGGAAUGGGUCAAAUGGAGUUCUAUGAGAAUGAUUUUGAAUUAUCGAUGCUGAAAGAUACAGCAGCGUAUUAUUCACGCAAGGCUUCAAACUGGAUCUUAGAAGAUUCUUGUCCAGAUUAUAUGCUCAAAGCAGAGGAGUGUUUGAAAAAGGAAAAGGAGAGAGUUAUAAUUUAUCUUCAUGGCAGUAGUGAGCCAAAGCUUCUCGAGAAAGUUCAACAUGAGUUGUUAUCUGUUUACGCAACUCAAUUGCUCGAAAAGGAACACUCCGGUUGUCAUGCAUUGCUCCGGGAUGACAAGGUUGUUGAUUUAUCAAGGAUGUACCGACUCUUUUCAAAGAUACCCAAGGGACUAGAACCUGUAUCUACUAUGUUUAAGCAGCAUGUGACCGCUGAAGGUACAACAUUGGUUAAACAAGCGGAAGAUGCUGCAAGUAACAAGAAGGCUGAAAAGAGAGACGUGGCUGGCUUGCACGAACAGGUUUUUGUUAGAAAAGUGAUUGAGCUCCAUGAUAAGUACUUGGCGUACGUAAAUGACUGUUUUAGUAACCAUACCCUCUUUCACAAGGCACUUAAAGAAGCAUUUGAAGUAUUCUGCAAUAAGGGUGUUGCGGGAAGCUCAAGUGCGGAGUUACUCGCUACGUAUUGUGAUAAUAUUCUUAAGAAGGGUGGAAGUGAGAAAUUGAGUGAUGAAGCAGUUGAAGAUACGCUUGAUAAGGUUGUGAAGCUGCUUGCGUACAUCAGUGAUAAAGAUCUAUUUGCUGAAUUUUAUAGGAAAAAACUGGCUCGGCGGAUUUUGUUUGACAAGAGUGCUAAUGAUGAGCAUGAGAGAAGUAUUCUGACGAAGUUGAAGCAACAAUGUGGCGGUCAAUUCACAUCAAAGAUGGAGGGGAUGGUUACUGAUUUAGCAUUGGCAAAAGAAAACCAACCCCACUUUGAGGAGUAUUUGAGCAAUAAUUCAAAUGUUAGCCCCGGGAUUGACUUGACUGUAACUGUGUUGACUACCGGCUUUUGGCCAAGUUACAAAUCGUUUGACUUAAAUCUACCAGCAGAAAUGGUGAAAUGUGUUGAAGUUUUCAAAGAAUUCUAUCAAACAAAAACAAAGCACAGGAAACUUACGUGGAUGUACUCAUUGGGUACCUGCAACCUUAACGGGAAAUUUGAACAAAAAACUGUGGAGCUCAUUGUCACAACCUACCAGGCUUCUGCACUACUAUUGUUCAACUCAUCAGACCGAUUGAGUUACCAAGAAAUUAUGAGUCAGUUGAACUUGUCAGAUGAUGAUGUCGUUAGGGUGCUCCAUUCUUUGUCAUGUGCAAAAUAUAAAAUUCUUAUCAAGGAGCCAAACACGAAAACAAUCUCGCCAACUGAUAUAUUCGAAUUCAACUCAAAGUUCACAGAUAAAAUGAGAAGGAUCAAGAUUCCUCUACCUCCGGUGGAUGAGAAGAAGAAGGUUAUCGAGGAUGUUGAUAAGGAUAGGCGGUAUGCAAUUGAUGCGUCGAUUGUGCGAAUCAUGAAAAGCCGGAAAGUGUUGGGAUACCAACAGUUGGUUAUGGAGUGUGUUGAACAGUUAGGCCGCAUGUUUAAGCCGGAUGUGAAAGCAAUUAAGAAGAGGAUUGAAGAUCUGAUAACGCGUGAUUAUCUUGAAAGAGACAAAGAGAACCCGAAUUUGUUCCGGUACUUAGCAUGAUUUUGGUGGACCAUGAUUAAUGAGAGCCAAAGUAUCAUGAAAUCCAGAGUAGUUAACUGGUGCUUUGAGUUUGAUUGGCUAGAAACUACUCUAGAUCUUGCCAAUGUUUUGGAUUAAUGAUAGAUGCUUGAAAGACCGACAUGACAGUUACUGAUGCUCUCAUGGGUGUUAUAGUAUUUUCGGUUUUGCUAUUUGCAUUAUAGUUCACAUAUUAGAAGUUUUAUGUUC